AUGUCCGACGAUCAAGGACAUAAAGAUUUUCAAAGAGCAAAAUCGAUCUCGUUGGAUGCUGCUUUAGAAGUUGGUGCUAGUAACAUCCGCCGAUCUCGUCAAGAAAUAGCGGAAAACAAUCCCGAAUUCUUUGCUGAAUCUGCUAAAGAGAAACUUCAAGAAUUCACUUUAGUCGUCUGUGGUGGACCACGGACAGGUAAAAGUACACUGAUUAAUGCCAUUCUCAAUAAAGAUCUUGCAACAGUUCGUCCGGGUUUUGCUCCUGUAACUAUGGAGAAUACCUGCUAUAAACUCGAUGGCAUUUUUCCAGAGAUUGUCGACGAACAAACAGGUGAAAAACAACAAGAAUCACAACCAUUUCAAAUAAGUGUUUGGGACACAAAAGGAAUUACCACAUGGAAUGAAUCGAUUGUGAAAAUAAUUCGAGAGCAUAAUCCUAUGUGUGUUUUGUUGUGUUCAUCGCCAGGUUCAUUUGCCAAAGAUGAUUUUAUCAAACCAUUAAUUCAAGAAUGUGUCAAUUUGAAUGUGUUAGUUGCUUUGGUCUGUACGAAUCGAUGGAAUGACAGUGACAUCAAACGGCAACGAGUCAUGGAAGAAUUUCAUGAUUUAUUGAAGAUUUACAACACGAACAUUCGUGAAGAAGAUGGUAUUCGAUAUUAUGGUGAUAUUGGACUGAUCGCUAUGGUCAAUAGUGUACCGUAUGUCAAUAAUCGUGUUGGAAUCUACAAACCGAAAAGUGGUGUCGGUACUUUACUCUAUGGAAUCAUGAGAUCAUUGAGUAACGAGAAAUUAAUGGGUUGGUGCUAUACAUUGAUGGAGAACGAAGGAUUUUGGACACAAAUGCAAACUCAUAUUCAAGAAUUCUUUGCUGGAAAAUUCACCUAUGGGAAAUCGAUCCUAUGGUCAUUGUCAAGAUAUAUGACCAUGAAUCGAAAAUAG